AUGGCAGAGAAGAAGAAUCCCCUGGUUUAUAUGGAUGUCUCUGUAGAUAAGGUGUAUGUUGGACGGAUGAUUUUUGAGCUAUUCAAAGAUGUUGCACCUGCAACUGCAGAAAAUUUCCGUGCUUUAUGUACUGUUGAGAUGCCUCGACUUAAACACGAUGAACGGGGCCUUCUAACCAUGAACCUUUGUGAUCGUUAUGGAAUCGGAUCACAUUUUGUAAUCACCUUGAAACCAGAUUCGAGUCUGGACAGGUUUCAUGUGGUUUUUGGAAAGAUUAUUCGGGGAUUCAAAACAUUGGAUAAGAUUACAGAGGCGGAUGUGUAUGAGGGGGCACGGGUUCGAGUUUCAGGCUGUGGUGAAUAUAAUCUACACGAGACUAGACCUGAAUCUCCCAUUAGCAAGAAAUUAGCAUCUUCUUCUUCAGACCUUCGAUGCAAUUAUUACUGUUCUUAUGAUCCUGUUGGCCCCUCCGCUUCUUCUUGGCAUCUCAGAAAAUCAAAAGCACGUAGAGUUUUCCUGAUUCCUGGAUGA